AUCGACAAAACCCACUCUUUAUUACCAAAAUAAAAAUUCUUCCGUUGCUAAUUUCGUAAAACCAACUUCUCAAAUAUUUGGUAAUGAAGAAAAUGAUUUCAUUAAUGGUGCUAAAUCUCUAUUUUGUGAUAGAUCUACAAACAAUUUUAUAUCUCCUGACCUCUUUAAUUACCUAGAACCAAUAUGUGGUGAAGCUAUAUUUAAUACUUUGAUUAAAGUAGAAGUGGAGAAUGAGAUGAAUGGUGAAGAAUGUGUUUGGCACGUUUCCUGUGAAAAAGAAAGAUUUGGUUUUGGAAGAAUUAGAAGUAGUGAUAAAAAUGGUAAAAAGAAUGGAAGGUUUAGCAAUUUUGGUAACCUGAAUAACUUGGGUGGUGGAAGAUUUAGUAAUUCGACCAAUAAUUCUAGAAAAAGUGUAGAAAUAAAAUAUAAUGAUAUAAGAUGUAGUAAAGAAAAUUUAUAUUACGAUGUUAAAAAUGGUUGUCGGAAUCCGAAU